GGCUGAGGCAGGAGGAUAGCACCUUGGAGCCAAGAUGAAGCAACUGAGUGAUGCCGUGAGACUUUGGCUCAAGAUAAAAAUCACGAAAAAGUGCUGGGAUGCAGCUCCGUGUGAAGGCCCUGGCUUCUCACCCCAGUACCACAAACAGAUGAAUAAGAAAAACCAGGGUGCAAACUAGACACAGUGUGAUGGCGGGCACAGGGGUUACUGAGAGUUUUCCCUAACGUGUACAUCUUACUCUCGCUUGGUGUUGAGAGCAGGCUCGGGGGGUGAACGCCACUCUGCUGUUAAUUUUAGAAUCAGCAGCUGUAAAAGCUGGAGUGUUUGGAGAGCUGUGGGGGUGGGCCAGCAAGGCCAGCACCGCUUCAUUCCUUAGCAGGGGACACGCUACCAAAAAACGGCAAAGAAUGUGGAGGUCAGAGACGGAAGCGGUUUGGAAAUAAAACAAAGAAACAAAAAUCAUAAGAAGACAACAGUCCAUUGAAGAAUGUUGGAAGAGCAGAGCGUGGUGAGUAUUAUUAUGUCCAAAUUCACUUGUGUCUCUGAAGGGGUUCAGCAAAACAGGGAGGGUGCUGGAGACUGGAGCCGAGGACCGCUGCUGGGGUGCAGUUACUUGGGGGACAAACAGGCAGAACAGGAAGGCCCCACUCGCUUCUUGCUUUUCCCACCUUCCGGUCCCUGCAGCGCCCCCUAUCGACAGAACGCACGAUGGAGCAGGCAGGCGGGACAGAUGUGUUUGGCAGACAGCAGAGCAGCACCGGGCGUCGUGUGGAAAACUGGGCUCAGACUCUGUGACUGCCUAGAGCUCCCUGAGGAGGGAGCAGGUGGGCCGGCCUUGGCUUGGAACCUAUGCCUGAAAUAGGAUUCUUGCUAUUAUUGCUGGGUCGGGUUUAACACAUGUACUCUUUAUCACGUGAAAGAAUGAAUGUCCCCUCCCUAUUGUCUUUGUACUUAAAUUUAUUUAGCAGGCCUGGGGAUUGAACUCAUGGCUUUACACAUGCCAGAAAGUGCUCCACCCCUGAGCUACAUUCCCAGCCCGGUUCACUUUUUAUUUUGAAACAAGAUCUCACUAAGGUUCCAGGCUGGCCUUGAAUUUAGGAUCCUCCUUCCUCAGCCUCUUUAAUGGAAUGACCAGACAUGGGCUAUUAUGACGGCCUAGAUAUUUACAUUUAAUCAAAGUGAGGUUGUAUGUUGACAUCUGGUAAAAUAAUUGUGCUUUAGGUUAGCAUGAUGCAUUUCAGUUUUUUUGGUUUUGUUUUUUUUUCUUUCGGUUUUUUGAGACAGGAGUUCAGGCUGGCCUUGAGCUCACCGCAACCUUCCUGCCUCCUGAGUGCUGGAAUUCCAGGUGUGUGCCACCACGCUGGCUUAGAGGGCACAUUCUUAUCUAAAUGCAAACAGGCAGUGACUGGGCUGAGCUGGGGUUAGAAUCUCCAUCUGCCAUCUAAAUUUCUGCUCUGUCUAAUGUGCCACCCACCCCAGCUGCCUCAGGCAGCUCCAGGGAAUAGCUAAUUCCAAGUGACUUUAGCCCUCUGUGCCCACAGAGGCCGCACAUGGAUUCUAGCAGGGUACACACUUCCCAGGGAUGAGCUCUCCGCGUGGCCUCUGCACAUGGUGAUUCCUUCUGAAAGGAGAUGGUGGGGCUGGGGUGGAGGAGUGUGCCUGUCAUCCUAGCAUUCAGGAGGCUGAGGCAGGAGGAUCCCAAGUGCAAGGCCAACCCAGGCCAUUUGGUGAUUUAGUGAGACCAAAGGCCCUGGCUUCAAUUCCCAAUACAGCAAAACAAAACCAAAAACUAACAAUUGGAAAGUUGCUCCUGGUUCCAUCUGAACGUGCAUCACUGAGCUCGAGUCCCUGAAAGGCACGGGUGGAUGGAUUGCCAAGUGGGCCAUGCAGCUGUGCGUGCCCCUGCUGCCUUUCAGCGAGUCCUCAGGCAGCUAAUUCGCCUUUGAGGUUUCCCCUUAAUGCAGCUUAAUGAGGUCUUGAUUACAAUCUGAUCAGAGGGAGCCAAGCUGAACAGUGCCUCUCUGUGGAUGCAGAAACUUGAACCAGGAUUAGUGGUCAGGAGCCCUGGCCAUGGGCGCCAGAUCACCCGGUGUAUGCCUCCCCUGGGGGCGCAUAGCAGGCCAAGCUCACCACAGUAUUCUAACUUAGGGACCGGAGUAUUGGAGCCUUUUGUUUUUAUUUUUGUUUUCGUUUUUUGGGGGGCUGAGUGGGUUUUGGGGCCAGGGUCUUGCUCUGUAGUUGAGGCUGGACUUGAAUUCGCUGUGUAACCCUGGCUGGCCUUGAACUUGACUUCCUCCUGCCUCAGCCUCCUGAGCACUGGGGUGACAGGCACAUACCACACUGUCUGUGUCUCCCAGUGACAUGUGUUUCCGGUAUGAAAAUGCACAUGAAAUGGCUUUAAAUCCCGGCUAAUAAGCACCUAUAGGAUACAUAGGCUAUUGUGAUAGGAAAACUCUUUUUUGGAUGGUGUCAUGUUUGAUACGUAGCGUCAAGGUGAGAAUUAUAAACAUUUAACUAAAAGACUCAGCAGCCACCCAGGAACCAUUUUCAGCCUGCCCUGGGGGCGGUGGCCUGGGUGUAAGUAAGGCAGGGAAAGAGGCUUGCUCACCUCCCUUUGGCCCUUUUGCUCUGGUCCCUUUUCAUAUCUGUUGCCCCUCAGCCUGCCUUGCAGCCAGCUGAGUAUGGACUGAGACCUCCACAAACUGUAAGCUAAAUAAACCUUUCCUUGCUUCAUUUUGGGCUUCAGGUAUUUUGUCUCAGCAAUGAGAGAAAAGUAACCAAGACAAAGGUAUUUUAUUUAUUGCAUGUUUGUUCGACGGGUGAAUAGGUUUUAAUUCUACUUCCACCACCAGAUGAUUUAGCACCUAAUAAUAUGAACAUUUAUCAAUAUCAAGUAUGGCUCAGUCCAUGAGCAAAAUGCUUGUUUGUAAAAAAAAUAACUCUCACAUCCUACAGAGUACAAAUGAUUGUAAUCCCCCAAUUUAUAAAUAAAUAAUCGAAAAGGAGGUCUAGAGAGGUUAUGUAGUUUGGCCAGCAUUAUGGGGCCUUAAAGGCAUGAAGUAAAACUGUAACUACCUUUUGUGUCGUUUCAUCUCUUGUUGCUUUGGGGGUCUCGCUGUACAGCUCCUGCCGGCUUUGAACUCACAGUGGUGAUCCUCCUGUCUCAGCCUCCCGAGUCCUGGGACGAUGGCGUGUGCUGUCACGCCCGGCCUUCCUUGGUCUCUCUGGCCCCUCUCUGAAGUGUCUGUGGUUCGUCCUUGCUGCAGGCACCUGUGCUGUGGAGGACCAGCCCUUGUGGCCUGUCCAGCGCCUUCAGCUCUGAGCCAGCGCAGCAGCAAGUUCAGGGGCCACAGAGUAGGAGGCCACGGAGGGAGGUGGCAUCUGGGCAACAGGACAGUGUCUUCCAGUCAGCAGGAAAGGGUAGGGGCACCCAGGGAAGCAGGGGCAAUGGGCCACUGCCGAGCUUUUCAAGUAAGAACUCUCAAUCUGGGAGAUCAGCUUUGCUCACAGGCUUGGGAUGAAAUGAGCCAAUGUUUUAAAACAGAGUUUUUACCCAGGUGUGGUGGCGCACGCCUGUCAUCCCAGCACUCACUCCGGAGGCUGAGGCAGGAAGGUCACUACAAGUUCAAAGCCAGCCUGGACUAGGUGGUAGUGAGUUUGAGGCUUAGUCUGAGCUACAGAGGGAGACUCAGAAAAAAUAAAAACUGUGAUUUUUAGCAAAGUAUAACUAAAAUAGCAUAGGAAACAAGGAGAUGGCUCUUUUGUGAACAGGAAGCAGACCCAGGCGAGGAGGGAGGAGAAAGGGGCUAUAUGCAGAAUGAGGAGGCCUGAAGUCCAGGCCCCAGCAGUCCUGAGAUGAGCGUGAGCACUAUGCACCACAGGCUCGUAAAAACAGAGAUAAAAGAGAUAAAAAAAACCUUCGUUUAUAUAAAAGUGGAUGUGGAUCUCCUUAGGAUAAGGGUGCACAUAGGGCGCACCCAGGCUACAACUAAGACUUCUGGAAAGUGUGAUUGCUUUAGGACCUCAGGCUGUUCCAGAAAAAGUAUCUGCUGUUUUCAGAAGUCUGAAGAAGCUGGGCAUGGGGAAGUGUCGGUGUCGCUCCCGGCCGGCAGGAAGAACACGCAACAAUAUCUGGCGGUGGUCAGGCUUUUCUUUAUUCUCUCCUUAUACAGUCUGCCCCGAAGCCUCUACCGGUCCGCUCUCCGCGGCUCCUUCCGUGCUUCUUCUCUACAGUCUGUCCCGAAGCCUCUACCGGUCCGCUCUCCGCGGCUCCUUCCGUGCUUCUUCUCUACAGUCUGUCCCGAAGCCUCUACCGGUCCGCUCUCCGCGGCUCCUUCCGUGCUUCUUCUCUCGUGGCGGGAGAGGCACUCACUUUUAUAGGGUUACAGUGGCCAAUCAGUUCAAAGCGCGCGAUGCGGGCUGAUUGGCUAACAUCAGUUGUUGCUAGGCAGACUAUCUUAUAGAGCGGGUUGUUUACCAAGCAGGAAGCAGGAGAUAAGCGCCAUCUUAGCACACUCGAUGGGAGGGGUAAUCUAGCUCAGGCUUUGCUCUUUCUUACAGGCCUCACAUCCGCCAAGUAAGGCGACCGGGCUCGGCCGCGGCUCCCAACAGGGAAGCAUGUGCUUUUGGGAAGCUGAGGCAGGAAAUUUACAUAUUGAAGCUGUUUGGGUAGCUUGGCAAGAUCUUGCUUCUCAAUUCACAAACUUUAAAAGGGCUGGGGAUAUAGUUCAGACCCUGGGGUCAACCCCUGGUAUGAGGAGGAAGAAGAGGAGAAACAGGAGUGGGGAGAGGGGAGGCUGAGGGGAAAGGAGGAGGAAGGGGAUGAGGAGGAGGAGGACCAUUUAGAGAAGUCUGAGUGACAAGGUUUGACUGGUGUUCUCAAGUGACAGUGGCUGUGCCCUGUGGGUGGCUGUGCCCAGGACCCUCCUGGAGGACAGCUGGGAUGGCAGGGGUUGUGCUGCCUCUGCGGGGUGUAGGCUUCUGUCCUUGCUCUUUUCCCUGUGGUGUGGGCUCCUGUGGCCCUGCCCCUUGGGCUGGGUGGCCCUGCUGCUUGCAAUUCCAGGCAGGGAGGUGGCAGGCAGAGUCCUCAGCUGACCCUCCUGGCUGCUGGGCUGGCAGGGUCUCCCGCUUCGAGGUGGGCUCUGUGGUCCCCACCCCAGGGACACCAGUAAUCCCAGUGGCUGGGAGGUUGAGACAAGAGGAUCACAUGUUGGAUCCCAGCCUGGACAAAUUGACAGUUUAGCAAGAUCCUGUUCCAAGAUAAAGAAGGGCUAGGGACAGAGAUUAGUGCGAAGGCUUGGAGGUAAAAGGUCCUCAAGAUAAAAGGCCACAAUCCGGGAGAUAUACAAAUCAGCAGUGACCGUGGGAACUGCAGUCAGAGGUAAAGCCAGCGUCUUCAAGCAAGAUGAGGUGACAUAAAAUCAGGGCUAGCCAAGCCUGUCUGGCCGGCCUCCUGUUCCCUGGACGGACUGCAGAGCAGAGCAGGGAGCUGGCAGAAUGAUUUUAACCAAGGCCACACAGUGAAGGUCAGCUCGUCCUGCUUUGAGUCCCCUCUGCAGGCCCAGGGGAAGAAAUCAGGACAUCAGCCAGCACUGCCUUUAAAUCCUGCUGCCUCCCUAGGAAACCCAAAUUUUGUUUUCAUUGACUGAUACAUUAAGGGCCCAGGAGUGGGCUACUCUUUUGUGCCCGAUCCUUUCCUAUUUAUUUUUUUAUGUUUUUGGAGUCAGUCUGGCUAUGUAACUCAGGGCAGCCUCUGGAGCUUGCCGUGAUUUUCCUGUCUCAGCCUGCAGAGUGCUGGGAUUACAGGCAUACCACACCUGGCUCCGUGUAUGUGUGUGUGUGUGCGUGUGACUGAGGGUUACAUCCAGGGCCUUUGUGCUAAGCUCCAUCUUAUUUGUUUGUUUUUUUAAUUUUUAUUUGAGACAGGGUUCCACUAACUUGUCCAGGCAGGGGUGCAACUGUGAUCCUCCUGCCUCAGCCUCCCAGAGUGCUGGGAUUACUGGUGUCCAUGCGGUGGGGACCACAGAGCCCACUUCGCAGUCGUCCCCAGGUCAGCUCUGCAGGUUCCUCCUCAGUGGCUCCUUGUGAAGGUAGAGAGAGACUGUGGUUCUUCUGGUGUGGGAAGCAGCCACUGAUGUCACAGUGAACGGCUCCCUCUGCUGUCACCAGGGUGGCAGCAUCAGUAGCCACUGUGCGUUUUUCAUGGGCAGCUCUGGCACCUGCCAGGAUUCUGAAUGCCAGUGGGGAACAGGCUCUCCCUAGGUGGUGCUGGGAGGCUGGGACGUUAAGCCAGGACUCCAUCUUCCUCGGGAAGGAGGUGCCACCCAGGUAUGCGAUCUGGUAAAUCCAAGCUGGGUCUGGUGCACACACCUGUCCUCCUAGUACAAGGAGGCUGAGGCAGGAGGAUCUGCCUGCAUUUGAGGCCAGCCUGGGCCAUGUAGUGAGUUCAAGGCCUGUCCGAAUUGCAUAGUGAGACCCUGACUCAAAACCACACCACACCAAAACCAAAAUCAAACCAAAAUAAAACCUCCAUAUCCAGCAAGUUCCCCAAAGGCUUUCAGCAGCAGCUUUGGUUUGGUGCUGGCUCUGCCCCAGCUACCCCCAGAGAAACCCAUUUUCUGUCUUUCUCAUUCUUUUCCUUCCAAAAUGGCAACACUGCCCAUCUCCCCAGCCACUGAGGGUGAGGAUCAGAUGAGAUAAUGGAUGCAAAAGCCCUGAGCUGAGGAAACAGAAGAAGCCAGCCAGCCCAAGCUGGAUAAUCCAGGAAGGAUUAGCUGACCUCCUCCCGCCAGGCCCAGUUGUGCACAGGGUGGGGAGGAACCUCCAGAAAGGGGAAGGGGAGGGAGUCUCGAUGGCUGGAACAAUGACACUUUGGGAUGAGGAGCAGAACUUGGGCCCCUUGCCUGGAUACCGGCCAGUUCAGCCUGGACCCGUUUCUUGUGGCCUGAGAUUUUCAAGAUGCAGCAUGAAGACCCACAGGUAUCACCUCGUUUACUCCCACGGAGGAUGUGUCUGGUUUACACAGUCACACAGUUCAGGUCACAGAGACAGAGGCCACACCCUUCCGGCCUGAGUGUGCACUUCCUUUGGCUGUGGCCCGGAUGAUUUCCGCCCUCUGGGUGGCCAUAGGAGCCCAGCCUUGGACCUCCCACCAACCCUGUCAUACCUGGCCUCUUCCCUGUCCUUGCUGCCCACUGUUCUGCACUGGCCUUGUCAGAGAAGGGACACCCUGGUGACGACUCUCCUGCCACUAACCUGCGAGCCAAUUCGGACAGACACCGCUCAGCUGAGAGCCUCAGGGAAGCCAUAAGACAGGACACUGGGAAGAUGCGGGGAGUCCAUGGACGGACAUGUCCUCUGCAGAGAGACAGCUGGUGACAGUGACAGGCACUGUCCUGCAGAGGAGGCACAGAUCCGGCAGCAUGGUCUGUGGGGUUCCUGUUGGGGCUUCCCAGGUGGGAAGGUGUGGAAGUCAAGGUCAGGACCGAGUUGGGUGAGGUCCCCAAGGACGCCAUGGGCUCAGGACUAAAGCUACCCUGCCGAGCCCUCCUGUUCCCCACCAGCUGCACGCGUACCAGGGCCUGGUUCUGCGUCCUCAUCCCAGCCCCGGGGAGAUGCCCGACAGAAUCCUGUGGCCACCCGAGAGCCAGGGCCUGCAUCUGCAUCACUUGGGGACCCGAAGCAUUGGCACAGCUCAGCUCGCCCCCCGGAGACCCUGAACCUGCCCAGCCAUGCUGCCACCUCAGCCCUGCCCAGGUCGGCUGGGAAGGCUCCCCAGCCCCUGCAGCCCACUGGCCGCCACUCUCGUGUGUCCAGGAGUCCUGCUCCCGUCGGACAGCGGCCGAUGCUUUCAUCUUUUCACGACUUUCAAAGGUGUCACUCUAAAGUGUGGGAGCUCGGUCAGAGGACACUGUCGUGCCUGCGGCCCUUUGUAAAUUAUAAAGGGCAGCAAAUGUGAACACACCACACAGCAGGAUUCCCCGCAGCUCAACACCUCUGCACUCAUUCUCCUCUGAUCCCUGCACACCGGGCCGUUCCCUCCCCCCUCCUCCCUUCCCGCUGCUUUCCCACAGCUACUCAUAGGAGACAAACCUGGCCCACCUGUCCUGCAGCUGGCUCUCCUCACUGCCACUCUGGCUGGCCUUGACCUUGGAGUCCUCCUGCCUAGGCAUCUGGAAGCCCGUGUGCUGUCCUGGGUGUGACAUCCUCUCUGCAGAUGGGGAAGAGAGUCUCUAAGAGUCACCGUUCAGUCCAGUGAGGAACAGGCUGAGGCAGAAGGGCCGCCGUCAGGCUGCUGAGUCUGACUGUGAUCUCUCGCGUGUCUGGGAAAGUCACCGUUGGGGCUGCCUGUCCCCACAGACAUAAAACUCUGCUGCAAACCCAGGAGAUGCCACGGGCGAGCACGCACACUGACCCAGCGUCACUGUGCAGUGAGAACCCUUGGCAGCUGCUCUUUCGGGGCUCACUUUAGAACACAUCCUCACAGGUACCUGCAUCUUUCUCUUCUGGGGCUGGGGAUGGAACCCAGGGCCUUCACAUUGACAGACAUUAGCAGCUUCACCCGCCUGUCCUCUUAGAGACAAGAUCACCCUAAUCUAUCCUGCCAGGCUUAGAAUUAGAACCCACUGUGUCCCAGGCAAACCUAGGACUCUCAGCCCUCCUGCCUCAGCCUCCCAAGUCGCUGCGUGUAAAGAUGUCUGCUGCUGUGUUGGCUUGCACGGGUGAUUUCGUCUUCUCUUUGAUGCCUCCUUUCUGUGCUGUGCUAGAUGGCUUCUCCCUGAAAAUGUGCCAGCUUUGCCCAGUCCAGGCCAUGCUGUCCCUGUCUGUUAACCCCUGGGGAGCUGAGCACGCGGUCAUCACAAUGCUGCUCUUUCUUCUGGGUUGGAGUUGGGGCCUGUUGCGUGUGUGAGGUUUCAGAGGUGCAUGUAGCCUGGGCUGUGGGUGGGUGAAGGGGCCCCACUUGCCUGUUCUCCCACCUGUGACCAUGCACCCCUCCUCUGUGCAUCCCAGGGGAGCCCGGGCCUCCUUGACCAGAGGGGGCACUCAGGGCUGCGGGGCCCACUAAGCAGCUUCGGGGCCUUGGCUGCAGGCCAUCAGGAGGUGCACGUCUGGAGUGGGGCCAGGAUUCCUGGCUUGGUUGGGCACAGGCAGCCACAGCCCCACCGUGGAACCCAAAUGUGGGGCUGAAGAUGGGACAGGACUCCCCAGGGCUCAAGACGCCUUCCACACCUCUUCUCAGCAACAAAGGCUCCUGCCCUGGGAGGGCACCGGGCCUGUCAGCUCUGGGACAAGAAAGCUCUCCUGAGCAUGGGCACAGGCAGCUCACAGCCAUCCUGUGGGGUAGGUGGGCGUGUGCUUGGCUCCUUCCCACAGGAUUGGCCCGGAAUCUCCCACCCCGGAACUGCUGUCCCCCCAACCCCCACCAUGCCCAGGCUGGUUCCCUGCUCCUGGUCACCAUGCACCUCUGCGACCAACGGCUCUGGGUAGUGACUUCCCACGUUUUCCCCUUCAGAGCAUCUCCGAGCUGUCUCCAGGUAAAAGCUGACCCAGCAGUCUAGGACAGGGGCUCUGCUCAAAGCGCCCGGGGCUGGCAGGGUGUCGCAGCCAUGGCUGACCAGGAGCUGAGCCAGCACAGAGGACAAGGAAAUCAAGUAAUCAAAACCCCAGACAGCCACUCACAUGCGGGCAGGGGUGACCGGGACAGGGGCAAGUCGGUCGCCAGGGCAUUUGCCAGCACCGGGGACCCUAAGCGCCACUGCACGCACCCCUGGGAAAGAAGUAAGGGGAGCAAACCCCUCGCUGUCCCAGGGCAACAGGUGUGAAAAGAGCGAGCAGGAGGGUUUGCAUAACGGAGAAGAGCAGGACCGGGGAAGGUGGAGGAGCGGGGCCGCGGACAGGGCUGCGGCCAUAGGGCAGGUUAGUGUGGGUUUCGCGCUGGUCACACUGAAAUCAGAGAAACCCGCGAUGCAACGUGGAGAAGACAAGGAGCGCCAGAAGCUUAAGGCCUGACGAUCCAGGACAAAGGGAAAACUGCGCUAUGCAGGUUCGACGCUAGAGGGCGCCAUAAGACCGCUCUAAAGUCUCAGCAAGGCUGCAAUUCAGACCUGUCGGGAGUUAGCUCCGAACACGGGGCUGCUGGGCCGGCAAAGGUGCAGAGUGAGAGCGAGCAUCCAGAGGGUAGACUGACGAUUUCACUGUUAAAAUAUGUGCUGCUAGGGCUGGGGAUUUAGCUUAGCGGCAUAAGCACCUGCCUUGCAAGCACAUGGUUGCUAGUUCAAUACGCGGUACUGGUAAAAAAAAAAAAUAGGCUAUUUGUUAUUCAUCAAAUGAAUAUUAAAUUUAAAUAUUCAUUUAGUGGCCAUAUUAAGAUCAAUGCUCAAUAACUUAAAAAAAUCAACAUUUGUGGGAAGCCGCCUGAGAUGGCGCCCAUUUCCUGCUUCCGGGUUCUUCCCGGCCUGAACAAGCCCGCCAAAUUGUCAUGUCUGCCCAGUUACCCGUGACGCUAGCCUAUCAGCUUGUUAGACGCGCUUCUCUGUGAUUGGAUACUGCUUCCCCUUAUAAGAGGUUGUUCCUGCCCCCAACGGGCGGAAGAGGAACCAACGUUGAGGGUGGCGGACCUUGUUAGGUCCGGUUCGCUGUACGCAAUAAAGUUUGAGAGCUGAUCCUGCUCGAGUUUGGUCUCCUGUCUCCCGCGGCUCCGGUCAUCUGGUGGCCCGUACGGGGAGAAAAAGGUAAAAGACUCAGCGACGUGCCUCUUCGGCCGGGAGGUGCGAUUGCUGUCGCCUGCGGUACGACGGAGGACCUGGCCCAAUAACAACGGAAGGCCGCGAGCGCCUCUUCUCUUCACCCUGAUCAGCUACGUGAGAUACAGCGGUUCCCGGGACAGGUGAGUACUGGGUCACCUGGGUUGGGUGGACGCACCUAACAGAUUUUGAGCGCCACACGAGUGGACGCUGGGUUUUUUUUUCUUUUCUUUUCCCUUUGCAUCUGUUUUGCUUUCGCUUCGCUAAUACAGCCCGACAGGCUUUUGAUAGAGCUCGAUCGGAAUGCUCAGAGGAGCCCGGAGCCACUGCCGAUUGUGGGUCUCCGGAGGACCCUCAGGGCUCUAAUUCUGAUUCGGAUUCGGAAGGCUCAGAAGAGGAGGUCGUCUUUGCUAAGCAUGACCCUCCUACACCGUUAAAAGAGGAACUUAGGGCUCGGGAAGAUAAAAAGGGGAACCAAACACCACCCUGCCCGAGCUACUCCGCCUUACGGGAGGAGCUUAAGCCCUUCCGCCCUUUGGCAAGUUCGCGACCCACGAUCGCCCCUUUCAGGGCGCCAGGCCCCACUGCACCGCCGUGGCCGGAAGAGGAGUUGCUCCCUGGGCUGCCACCACAACCUAUGGCACUGCCCUGGUUAGAGGGAGAGCUACUUCCUGGGUUGCCUUCUGCGCCCCCAUCUGGGGAGGGAGGAGGACGUUCCUUCCACCAGAGGGUAUGGUCGCGGCUUCCCUUUGAGUGUUCCGGUCUCCAUGCAUUCCCGGUACAAGUAGGAGGCAGGGGAGGAGGAGGAUAUUAUGAGCCCUUAGAAAUUAAACAACUUAAAACUAUCAAGGACGCAGUUUCAGCUUAUGGGCCCAAUGCGCCAUUUACCAUGGCGCUUUUAGAGGCAUUGGCAGGUCUGCUUUUAACUCCUGGAGAUUGGACCCAGCUGGCACGCGCCUGCCUCUCCCCCGGACAAUAUUUAGAUUGGAAGUCCUGGAAUGAGGAAUUCUGUGUAGAGCAGGCGGCAGCCAACAGGGAAAAUAACCAGAGAGAGUGGAACAGGGAUAUGCUAUUAGGGCGAGGAGCCUUUGAGGAAGAUCAAACUCAAUACCCUCGCCAGGUUUAUGAACAAAUUAGCCGCUGUGGCCUCCAGGCCUGGAGACGGCUAGCUGGAAAGGGAGAACAUACGGGUCACCUUACAAAAAUUAUACAAGGGCAGGGAGAGCCAUUUUCAGACUUUGUGGCCCACAUGCUUGAGGCCGCUAACAGGAUUUUUCCAGAUGCUGAGGCGGCUCACCCUCUCAUAAAACAAUUGAUUUUUGAACAGUGCACUAAGGAGUGCCGUGAUGUCCUAAGAACUAACAAAAAUAGGUCCUUAGAAGAGUGGACACGCCUGUGCCGUGAAUUGGGUGGCCACGGCCUAACGCCCAAAGGAAGAAUAUCAUUGGCACUCUUUACCAUAAAUUUUUUAAACCUUAAUCAUAAUAAUCAUUCCCCUGCCAUGGAGCACAAUAACCCGUCCCCGGCCGACAAAGGGCUGGUGAGAUGGAAAGAUGUCCUUACAGGACAAUGGAUGGGCCCGGAUCCAGUGAUUAGCUGGACCCGAGGUGCGGUUUGUGUUUUCCCACAGGAACCAGGUCGCGAACCGCUGUGGGUCCCGGAAAGAUUGACGCGAGCAGUAAACUCCCCACCAGUUCCUGAUAAAGCACAGGAGGAUAAGCCCGCGGACACAAGUCAACUCGACCCUUCUGGGACCGACGCUCAGCGCCCGAGACCAUCUACAAACUAAAAUGUCUGGUUUGGAGUUUUUUCUAUUCUGUGGGUUCCUAUUGAUCACCCUUCGGAAUUGUUCAGUGGGGGCCGCUUGGGGGGCCACGGGAUAUUGUAAUGAACCUCAACCUGAUCCCCUUAAACAUACUUCCUCCCUCUUCGCGCAGCAUCAACUUUGCAAUGCGCUGGGUGCUUGCUUAGACCUCCGCCCCUUUAUGACACUUAAUCAGACACUGAAAAAUACAUCCUCCGCAGCCAAUAUGACCCACCCGCUUAACUCCGAUGCAAACCCAGCAACAGGUCAAGGUCACGGCUAUGACAGCCAUGCAAAUGGCAGCAGGUGGCCCAUCAGGCCAGCAGGCCGCCGCAUAUCUCCUUCACAUUGCAGAACAUCAGUUAUAAAAGCUGAGUGGGCAAGCCAAUGACGGGUAAGACGGGAAAAGCCCUCCCGGUCAACCUAAGACAGGCUCCACUCAGAUAUAUAUGGCCUUUAAGGCCAGGGGUCCCUCCUGGAGCCAAAUUAUUGGCAUUGAGAUGCGAGACCAAGGGUACUGCAGUGCCAUCCGCCCCAAAGGUUGGGGGGAAGGCAGGAAUGAAUGUCUAUAUGCAUCCAGGUUCGGUUCACAAAAGCCUGGCCCUGCGAAAAAAUGAACCACUCACCUUGAGCAUGGUCCUGGCGCAAGGAUAUGCACAAAACAGGGUGAUGCACAGCAGGGUAUAGACCUCUACAUUCUCUCAUGCCUCGGCCUACAAGGUAGGCCCACUCCUAGGUGUCUAACAGCAACAAGGUCAUAGACACCUUGGAGGGACCCACAGACCAUCCUAUUUUAAUAAAUAAAAAAGGGGGAGAUGUGGGAAGCCGCCUGAGAUGGCGCCCAUUUCCUGCUUCCGGGUUCUUCCCGGCCUGAACAAGCCCGCCAAAUUGUCAUGUCUGCCCAGUUACCCGUGACGCUAGCCUAUCAGCUUGUUAGACGCGCUUCUCUGUGAUUGGAUACUGCUUCCCCUUAUAAGAGGUUGUUCCUGCCCCCAACGGGCGGAAGAGGAACCAACGUUGAGGGUGGCGGACCUUGUUAGGUCCGGUUCGCUGUACGCAAUAAAGUUUGAGAGCUGA